AUGGAUAUUGAUUCGGCUUAUGAAGAAGAUAAUUUACCCUGGGUUGAAAAGUAUCGUCCAAAAACGCUUGAUGAGCUUAUUUCACAUAAAAAUAUCAUUACAACAAUUGAAUCAUAUAUCAAUAAAGAUCAACUUCCACAUUUAUUAUUUUAUGGUCCACCUGGAACUGGUAAAACAUCAACAAUUUUUGCAAUUGCUAAUAAAAUAUAUGGAGAUAAAUGGAAAUCAAUGGUUAUGGAAGUAGGAAUAGAUGUUGUUCGUGAACAAAUUAAAAAUUUUGCAAGUACACGUAAUAUAUUUAGUUCAGAUGUAAAGUUGAUUAUACUGGAUGAAGCUGAUGCAAUGACACAAACUGCUCAAAAUGCAUUGAGAAGAAUUAUUGAAAAGUAUACACAAAAUGUCCGUUUCUGUAUCGUUUGCAACUAUCCACUCAAGAUCAUUCCUGCAGUUCAAUCUCGUUGUACAAAAUUUCGAUUUUCUCCUUUAGGCAAAGACCAAAUUAUUUCUUACUUGAAUGAUAUAAUUGAGGCAGAACGCAUAAAUAUUUCUCAAGAUGGGAUGGAUGCAUUAAUUAAAAUUUCAUGUGGUGAUAUGCGAAGAGUAUUAAAUAUUUUACAGACAUGUCAUGCAACAAAUGAAUUCAUAGAUGAAGAUGCUAUAUGUAAUUGUACGGGAAGACCUAAUACUAAAGAUAUAGAAUUAAUACUCAAGACAGAAAAAGGUCUUGCUUUACAAGAUAUAUUGACAGAUUUUUGUUAUCACUUAAGAAAAUCAUUAAUCACUGAUGAAGACUUGUUUGAAAAUAUUGGAGAAAUUGA